AUUGUAUAAAAAAUUAAAAUGGGUAGAUAAAAAAUCUUAAAACCACUUUAAUUUAAGUUAAUUAUUAUUUAUUGUAUACUAUUAAGUAUUAAUUAUUAUUUAAUUUUAGUUUUAAUUUUUCGGAACAGUAUUUAUCGACAAAGUAUUUAAUAAACUCAUCAUGUCUUUUAGUGGUUUUAUUGAUUUUUUUCAAAAAGGAAAAACUUUUAGGCCGAAGAAAAAGUUUUCACCAGGCACUCUUCGUUAUUCAUUGUACAAACAUGCACAAGCUUCAUUGAACUCUGGAAUAAAUUUAAGGAGCGCAGUACAAUUGCCACCCGGAGAAGACUUAUAUGAUUGGAUUGCUGUUCACGUGGUUGAUUUCUUCAAUCGUAUAAAUUUGAUAUACGGCACAGUCUGUGACUAUUGUAACGAUACAUCUUGUCCAACUAUGAGCGGUGGACCAAAGUUUGAGUAUUUAUGGGCUGAUAAAGAUAGAUAUAAAAAACCAACACCGCUACCAGCACCUCAGUAUGUUUCGCUCCUCAUGGAUUGGAUUGAAACACAAAUUAAUAAUGAGAACCUGUUCCCAGUAUCUACAGAUGUACCAUUUCCCAAGACUUUUAUGCCACUUUGCAAAAAAAUACUAACUCGAUUAUUUAGAGUAUUUGUCCAUGUUUAUAUACACCAUUUUGAUCGAAUUAUAUCUAUAGGCGCAGAACCACAUGUAAAUACAUGUUACAAGCAUUUCUAUUAUUUCAUAACAGAGUUUGAACUAGUCAUAAAUAAAGAAUUGGAGCCACUUAUGGAAAUGACAUCAAAAAUGUGCCAGGAUUGCCUUCAGAAUGAAUAAUAUUUUGUAACCAAAUCAAUAAAAAAAUUGUAUAUAUUUUAAGAAAUACUAUGAGGCAUUUAUUUUAAAAUUUUGUUACCUUUAAAAUGUGUAUUUUUAAAUAAAUAUUAUUUUGUUAAUUUAAUCAAGAGUUGAAUAAUAUAUGUAUAAAAUACAUUUAUUAUGUUAAAAAAAAAAAAAGAAAUGGA